AUGCAGAAAGAAUGCUCAUACAUCCGCAUAUUCGUCUCCUGGCUGAGGCUCACUGUCAAGACAACCGCAUUCAAGUCCUACAGAAUUAUCCUCUCUGUUCUCCUGCGAAUGAUUCGACACUGCCAAUCCGUCGUUAACAGAAAGGAGAGAUCGUAUCGGGAACACAGUUUAGCAUUGAGCUCUCAGCCAGUGACCAACCAAGAUGGGAGGACGGCUCCUGUGACUCUCGCAGUGCCACUGUUUCUUGAAGCACCUAUAACGAACAUUCAAUUUCCAACUCCCGAGCUCAACCAAGAAUUGGAUAACGCGGCGUCGGGACACUCUUUUGAUAUCGUUCUCACUCCCAUUGUACCCGAACCACAGGUCAGUCGAUACGAGAGGAAUGUACAUGUUCAAGACAAGGAUGAGCCAUUUGAGGUUAAGAAAGGUCCUUUGGACUGUUCCGAGGAGCUUGCUGUGGUAGUAGGGUGGGAGCCGCUCACGCACCCUGAAGGGGCUUCAUUCUUCUACCACCUAUCUAAAAGAGUUUUCACUGACGCUAAUGUUCGAAACCCUGAAACAGCUGUAAGGAUAGGCAAAGCUAUUGAGAAAGCAUACGAAGAAGCGCGCAACGCAAACAUCUUCUUGCACCCAUCCAUCGAGUUAGUGUUGGAGCUCAUGGAGAAGGGCAAUGAAGAAUGUGGCUACUAUUUUGUUGAUCACGAAAAACGUGUCAUUUUCUGGUUCCAAGACCACAAAUCCGAUUUGCUCAUGUGUAACAUUCGCGGUGUAGAGCGCAAAAGUCACAUCAGAUAUGCACUAGAAUCACAAGCUCUCUUGUACCUCCCACGAUUUACAUACCACGAAUCCGACAGGAGACACGUCGAGCUAUUUCCAAACAAACGCUCCCUUCCGAAAGAUGUCGUCAUGAAACUCAAAGAAAUUGUCAUGCAUGCUCACGCAGAAAAUAUCACUUCUGAGACCUGCCUUGCCCCUUUUGCUGCGGAUGAGGUUGCAAGUAUGCUCAGCCUUGUGGAUCUUCUCAUGAACAGUGAUACCGAUGAUAGUGUUCACAAGGAGCGUGAACAUUCAGUGUGGAUCGUCGCUCGAUUGAUGAGACUUUUCUGUAACGCCAAGUUUGUGAAUUUUUGUGGGCAACCAGGUGCUCGACUGAACGUAGACCAAUCAUUAUACCGAGAAUCCAUCACCCGCCCGAAAAGGAUUUUUCUUCGUCUCAUGAAUGUAAUGCUGUUUGGAUCCCCUGAUGCACAGAGCAAGGCUCUUCACAGGAUAUGGGUCGACGAUACCAUCGUUCAGCCGCGGUGGAAGAAUUUUAUUGAUAGGCUCACUACUGAAUGGAAUGGGUAUACAAUAUUUUCCACUGUGAUGCUUGCUGUUGAUAUCAGCUUUCUCGGAGUCUCAUUUGUCCAGGCUCAACCGUCUGCAAUCAUUCUAACUUAUCUGUCUACCCUCUGCGCUAUGGGCUCGCUAUUGGUCUCGCUGAUCUUGGCUGGACAAGUUAAUGACAGCCGGCGAGGCUCCGCCGAAGCUGUGGCCUCUUUCAUGGUAGGAAUGUCGCAUUCUAUGCUUGGCCUUGAGAGCCUUGCCCUCAUGCUCAGUCUACCGUUUGCUCUUUUGAUUUGGGGAAUGACGUUCUUUGCUGCAGCAUUGUCCACCCUGAUCUUCCGCACGUCUGGCGUUGUCGCCAUCUCGAUUACAUCUCCGGUUUGGGCCUCUGUAUUCAUCCUUGUAACGUGGCCUGUACUGGCUGCCAAUGAUAUUCACAUCUCUCAUUUGAGAUCCUGGAUCAUAGAACAUGUGUCUAUUACUGAUUCGUCUACAGGUACCACCCCGUCUCUUGUCUAG